AUGGAGAAGGCAGAUGUGAGUGCCGGUAGAGUUUGUCUAACUCCUGCACAAGAACUGGAAUCGGUUCUUGUAGAUUCUACUAACCAUGAAAAUGUAUUGCCUAAUUUACCAAAAAAUAGGUAUUUGGAGACAUCAAAACAAGAUAAUCAACCUGCUAAUGAAAGAACCAGAGUACAAUAUCAAUUGAAAGGUGUUAUUGGUAAAGGUUCUUUUGGAGUGGUAUAUAAAGCUAUUAAUAAAAAAACUGCUCAAAUUGUAGCAAUCAAAGAAGUCAAUUACGAUAAUGAUGAGGAACUUAAUGACAUAAUGUCAGAAAUUCAUUUGUUGAAGAAUUUAAAUAAUAGAAAUAUUGUAAAAUACCAUGGUUUUAUACAAAAAAUGGAUACAUUAUAUAUCAUACUAGAAUACUGUUCAAAGGGUUCAUUAAAAAAAUUAAUUUCAUCAAAUAAAGGUAUCUCGGAAGCAGAUGCAAAAAUGUUCAUUAGACAAACAUUACAUGGAUUGGUCUAUUUACAUGAACAAGGUGUAAUUCACAGAGAUAUUAAAGCAGCAAAUUUAUUAUUGGAUUCGGAUAAUGUGGUUAAAUUAGCUGAUUUUGGUGUAUCUACAAAAGUUAGUAAUGCAACAAUGGCAAUGACUUUAGCAGGUUCUUUGAAUUGGAUGGCACCAGAAAUUAUAGGCAAUAGAGGUGCAUCGACUUUAAGUGAUAUAUGGUCAUUAGGUGCUACUGUCGUGGAAUUGCUAACAGGAAAUCCACCAUUCCAUAACCUUAUUGACGUGAAUAUUUAUUAUGCAAUUGAAAAUGAUAUAUACUUUCCUCCAGAAGACUUAGUUUCAAAACUCGGAUUAGAUUUUUUGUCAAAAUGUUUUCAAAAAAAUAUGUAUUUAAGGCCUACAGCAAGGCAGCUCUUACAACAUGAAUGGUUAAAUGUCGAAGAUGAUUUACCGCCCUUAAAAGCUAAUUAUGCAACUGAUGAUUCAGAUAGUAAAUUAAAUAAAUUUAAAGAAAAAUUUGCAAAUGAUUGGGAUGAUGAUUUCAGAGAAAAUGGGAGCGAUGUCUCACCAAAAAGAAGAACAAAUAUGUCUCCAAUUAAAAGAACAGCAUCGAAACUCAAUAUUAUGACUUUGGAAAGAAUGAAUUCAAAUAUGAAACUACCUGAAUCAGCUACGAAAAAUGAAGAUUAUCUUCUUAAAAAGGUAGCUAAAGGGCAAAUGGUAGGUAAUUUGUCGGUUCUCUUUAAUGACGGUGAUCCUAUUAGUAUAUCUGACGCUUUGUUUACUCUAUUAGAAUCCAAGAAUAAUGAGAAAUCAUAUGACAUCAUAUAUUCAAUAUUUGACUAUGAUUGUAGAUAUAACAAUUCUAUAGUGAAAAAAAAAUUCAUUGCAAUGGGUGGUUUAUCCUAUUUACUCGAUAAACCAAAUAUUUUAAAGAACAGUUUUCUAGAUUGCAAUGAUUCUGUUUUUCCAUCUUCUACAGUAUAUCAUUAUUUGAUUCAAAUGGGAAUAAUGAAAAAAGAAUACUUGGAUUUAAUCAUGGAUGAUCAAUUUAAGCUAGAGCUGAUUUUAAAGUAUUUGGAAUGUACCGCGACGAAAUAUUGGGUUGAAUGGUGUUUAAAGUAUUUGGACGUGGUAACACUUUUCCAGGGCGGAAAUGUACAUACAAGAAUCUCUCAUAUAAUAAUACUAAAAUUAUCUUCUCACGCAACAUGGUUUGCUGACAAAUUUAUUACAUAUCUUAUAAAAAAUAUUCCACCUGAACAACUUCUAUCUGAUUCGCAAACAUUUUAUACUAUUUUCAAAUGUAUUAAUAUUAUGUUGAGUGACACCUUUGAUUCACCUGAUUCCAUUACAAGACCUAUUUCAAACAUAAACAUUUCUCCUUACAAGACAUUGAGCAGACAAGCAUCUACUAUUACUAAUUCAGAUUUCAGGAAUAUUUCUCCUCAACCAAUCAAUCCUGAAAUCAGAAUUUCUAGAAGAUUGAUACCUGAAUUUAUCAAUUGGCAUGUUAGCAUAAUGAAUAUUCCAUCAAAAAAUAUCAAAUUAGCGAGCUGGAAAUAUUAUAUUAAAUCGACACAUAAACUGAUGCAUCACGGAGUUCCUUUUCUAAGUGAAUUGAUUAAUACAACAUAUUUUCUGCCUUUAAUAUUAAGCAUGAUACCUCAGUAUGGUGACAAAUUAGUUGGGCCUAUUCUAGAUCAGGAAUCAUUUAUUUUGGUCCAAUUAUUAACAGAAUUAAAGAGUAAUAGAAUUCCGCCACAGCUUUUUAAUACAGCUGUGGAAUUUACAAAAAUUGAUAAGUAUGUUGCUACUGGUAUGAAAAUUAUUUUAAUAUGCUUUCAACAAUUGUUACAUCAGAAUAUAAAAAUAACACAAAUUUCUCCAGAUUUGCUAUCAAUAGAUUUUAAGUAUAAUGAAAACAAAAGUAACAUUUUAGUAAAGAGUUCUGAUUUAAUUGAUCCUUUUUAUAAUUUGGAUGAUGAUUAUCAAUCCUUUGGUAAUUAUAUUAAUACUUUUACAAAAAUUACGUCAUUUCAAUCUCUAGCUUUUGUAUCAUACGGUUUGGUAAAUAAUCCUAAAUUUUAUGAUAAACUCUGCUCUUUUUUCUCUACAUGUAGAAAUAGUGUUUUAUUACAAAUUGAUCUACUUAAAUUUACAAAAAAUGUCCUGACUAGAGCUCUUCAAUUUACUGAUGAUGAAAUGACAUUAAUCAAAAUUGAUAAAAUUGUUGCAUUUUUAAAUAAUAAUUGGCAACAUACUGCUGGCAGUAAGUCUCCAUCUAAUUUAAUUUCAUCUACUAAUCAAGUAGGAUUUGAUUCCAUAUUAAUUCAUCAAUUAUGCAAGGAUAUUGAAUUACUUUCGCAAGCGGAAUUUCCAUUCAAUAGCGAAUCAACAAUCAAUUAUGAUAAAGAUGGAUUUGCUAUCCCAAAAUGGACAUCUUAG